AUGAUCGACGAUGACGAUCCUUUUUUCUUGUUCUUGUCGCCUACAGCUCCUCAUGCUGAUGAUGAGACUCAAAUCACUGUUCCUUGCCAACGUCACAUGGAUUUGUUUCCAAACAUCACUGCACCGAGGCUUCCAAACUUCAACCCAUCGGAUGAAGCGCAAUCUCAUAUCGGGGGAUGGAUCAAGAGCAUCCCUUUCAUGAGUGAGGGGAAUAUCACCUGGGCGGAUUCGGAAUACAGACGCAGAAUACAGGCUUUGCAAGGCAUCGAUGAGAUGCUUGCAGAUUUGUUAAAAAAGCUUGAAGAAAACAAAGUUCUAGAUAACACUUACGUUGUGUUUUCCUCGGACAAUGGCUACCAUCUGGGAAACCAUCGAAUGACAGCAGGAAAAGCAACAGCAUUUAUUGAAGACACCAACCUCCCAUUUGUCGUCCGAGGACCGGGUAUCCAAGCUGAAUCGAAGACAUCUAUCCCAAGUUCAUUCAUCGACAUAGCUCCGACACUACUUGACAUAGCCGGCGUGUCUGAGGCGGACCGUCCAUCAUUCCUCGAUGGUCGCAGUGUCCUCCCACAAUGGAAAGACCCAAACGCCGAGCUCCCAGGUGCGGGAGAUGGCAACAACUUCGAAGUUCUCAACAUCGAAUAUUGGGGCUCCAACGGUGUCUUCAUACCCAAUGUCGAACUUUACAACACCAUCGACGACCCGUACGAGCUCAACAAUCUCGCGCGCGAUCCAAACGCCGAGACCACCAAACUUCUCAAUCGAUUGAACGCCAUGCUGCUGGUUCAAAAGUCUUGUUCUACCGACGUUUGCCAGAAUCCUUGGAUGGUCCUGCUGGCCAAUUCGACAUUGCCCGCAGUCUCUACGCUCAAGCAGUCGAUGCACUCAAUGUACGAUGAACAUUUUGCUUCGUUCCCCAAGGUCAACAUUGCGCGAUGCCUAGGGUUUCAGAGUACCGCCAAUGAAGCACCAUUUUGGCCACCGGGUGCCAAGGAGUACUUGUACGAGAAUAAGAACUCCACAGAAGCCCUUGGUCCCAGUCGGAAAUUCACGCCUACGGUCCCAGAGAAUGAGACACCUCAGGGGACCGAGGAGCAGCGUCAUGUCACGAUUGACGAGAUAAUGCAAAGCACAAGAGAACUCACUGCAGACGAGUUGAACAAAGACCAAGAAUAUGUGACUCGCUCUUCUGGUCGAGGUAGUUAG